GAAGGUGGGAUAUAUGUUAAUAAUGAUAAACUGAUCAGUGGGUUUCCAUUGUUUUUAUUGUUGCAUGUUAGAUCUUUUUCUCUACCGUGCUGUUCUGUUGAUUUCUUUAAAGAGAAAUUUGUUCUGUUUUGCCUUCAUUUUGGUGGUUUCAGAGUUUCAGUAAUGGAACUGGCAGGAUAAUCUUAGACAAAUUCAAACUCAACCCAUAUUGUGAUGAACUCGGAGAGUAUCAUUGACAUGCAGGGCACUAUUUGGAAUCCCCUUGGACCGUGUAUAAAGGCAUAAUCAUCUGUUUCAUGCAAGUAUAAAUUUGGCUCUGCAAUAAAAAAAAAUGUCUGGUGGAGAGGUCAGAAGGGUUUCGCGCCAAGAUAUCCAGCUGGUGCAAAAUCUUAUUGAGCGAUGUCUUCAGUUAUACAUGACCCAAAAAGAGGUUGUGGAAACUCUUCUAGUUCAGGCAAAAAUAGAACCUGAUUUUACUGAACUUGUUUGGCAAAAGCUUGAAGAAGAGAACAAGGAAUUUUUCAAAGCCUAUCAAGUUAGGUUGCUGGUGAAGCAGCAGAUAAAUGCUUUCAACGAGUUGCUUGAGAAGCAGGCUGAACUCAUGCGUAAGAUAUGCCCAGCUGGAGUUGCUCCAAUGCCUAAUUCUAUUGGAUCUAAUACUACACCGUUACCGCAGACUCCAGCCUGCUAUGUAUCGGAGCGCACAAUAACUCCUUCAAGAAUGGAGAACAUGCACUACCCAAUUAGUCCUAACACAUCUAGUACCAUCAUAAAUGAUGGGCCUUUGGUGAGCCACACCAUGCACACCGCUGGGGAUGUCUCUGCUCAUACUCGGAGGACAGAUGUUUCAUCUAACACUCUGUCAACUCAGAACUCACACAUGGGAAUGGCACAAGGAAUGAAUGGCGUGGUGAUCAAACAAGAAGCUGGCUAUUCAAACAAUUCUGCUUUUACAGUUGGUUCCAAUGGCAAUGUCUUGGAUAUGCGCCCAACAAUUGCUGAUUCCUCUGUUGCAUUGUUAAAUGGUGUAGAUUCGAACUCCCAACAGCUGAAUGACCCUGUGGAUGCUGAAACCUCUGCAUUUGGAUUUUUAGGGCAGAUCCCUCGAAACUUCAGUCUUUCAGAUUUGACAGCUGACUUUAAUCAAAGUUCUGAUAUAUUGGAAAGUUACUCUAGGUCACCAUUCCUCGUAACAAAUCCAGAAGACUUCUUGGAAUCUCCUGGAAGGGGUGAAUGCCUAGGAGAGGAUAAGAGACUGGAUACCAUAUCGGAAGGCUUGAGUUAUGAUGAAUUUGCUAGUGACUGAUUGGAUAUUCUUGAUUGAAAGUGGUUGACCUUAGGACAUAGGCGCUUGUACAUAGCAUUUUAAAAUUGAGGGGGCUUCUUAAAAGUUCUAAUUCAGAGGAAGAGAUUACCAUGUAGAAUGCAUUAGUGUCAUUUGGGUCAUCAUGAUAGGUGACCUAAAUAUGCAUGUGUUCUUGAAAUCAUGGAAGUGAUGCAAUUGGUCCUUCUUACUCUGUUAGGUCAUGUGUAAUAGAAAUGGCAGAUAUAUUUCUGAUUUAUCAUGGUGACGGAGAUGUGGACGAUCUGUGUUGUGGUUAGCACUCAUGCAUAGAGGGUUUUUGAAAAAAUGUAAUUUAUCUGCUGCAUAUAUCCAUUGAUCCAUGACAUU